AUGAUCGGAUGUCGGCCGCACGUCUGCAUUCGGCCUCCGCCGGAUGGCGGCCUUAGGGCGUGGCUCCAGAUUGUCGCUGGCCACCUCGUCGUCUUCACUACCUGGGGCUACAUCAUCAGCUUCGGCAUCUUCCAGCCGUACUACAUGCAAGAGCUCCACCUGGAGCCUUCAUCUGUGUCUUGGAUCGGAAGCAUCCAGACGUGUCUGCUGUUCGUCAUAGGCACAUUCACCGGACGAGCGUUCGAUGCCGGAUACUACAGGCUCUGUCUGAUAACGGGAUUCAUCAUGCAGUUAGUCGGCAUUUUCACAACGAGCGUGGCGACGACGUACUGGCAGCUGUUCCUUUCGCAGGGGCUGUGUCAGGGUCUAGGCUGCGGGCUUGUGUUUGCGCCAACUAUUGCCAACAUGACGACGUACUUCUCCAAGAAGAGGACGCUGGCCCUGUCGGCGGCGGCUUGUGGUGGUGGAACUGGCGGCGUCAUCUUUCCCUUGAUUGCGCAGCAGCUGAUACCGCAGGUUGGAUUCCGCUGGACGGUGCGAGCAAUGGGAUUAGUGGUGCUGGUAUGCAGUGUCAUUAUCGUCCUGCUGGUGAGGACGAGACUGCCUCCGCGAAAGGCUGGUCCUCUGGUAGACUGGGGCGCAUUCAAGGAGAUGACAUAUGUCCUGUUUGCAAUCAGCAUGUUCUUCACGCUCUGGGCCACCUAUUUUGCGUACUUUUAUGCACGGGCGUACUCCAUCGACCGGCUCGGCGGCUCUCAGGCAACGUCGUUCAACAUGCUCAUGAUCAUCAACGCCGUUGGCAUUCCGGGACGACUCAUACCGGCUUUUCUGGCCGACAGAUUCUUCGGAGCCGUCAACGUCUUCAUCCCCACGAUCCUCUCGGCAGCCAUCUGCAUCUUUGCGUGGGCGGGCGUCAACUCCGUCACUGGUGACUAUAUCUGGGUCAUCUUCUUUGGCUACUUCGGCGCCGGCAUCCAAGGCAUGUUCCCUGCGACGACGGCCGGGCUGACCAAGGACCUGAGCAAGAGCGGCGUGCGAAUCGGCAUGAUUUUCACGAUCAUUAGCGUUGCAUCGCUGACUGGGCCGCCACUGGCCGGAAAGCUGGUGGUGGUGGCUCAUGGAAGCUACAUCGGGGCGCAGAUCUGGGAUGCCGCUUCCACUUCCUCUUCGCUGGCCCCGAGCCUCCUCCGUCGCGCCCAAUCGCUGUCCGCAGAACAUGACGACCUCCAGAAAGGCCUCAACAGCUCCUUCGAUGCCGCAAAAGCGAAGCGCGCCGGCGAACUGGGCCGCGUAGCCUCCGCCCUACGAGAGUGGGAGACGGCGCAGUCCUCAAUUUUGGAACUCACAUCGAUGGCACAAGAUCCCGACCAGGAUCCAGAUCUCGCGUCGAUUGCUCGAGACGAACUAGAAAGUGAACGCGCCAAACUCGAUUUGCUGGAAAAGAAGCUCAAGGAAAGCCUGACGCCGAAACACGCCUUUGCCCAUCUGCCGUGCAUGGUAGAGUUUCGCCCAGGGCCCGGAGGUCUCGAGGGGAGAUAUUUCACCGAUACGCUGUUCAAGAUGUACAAGGCGCUGUGCGCGCGCAAAGGAUACAGGGCAAACGUGCUCAAGUACGAAAUGGCCGAGGCUGCGGGCGACCAGUCUUCGUCGUCAGGCGAGCAGCCGGUGCAGGAGGCCAUUCUCGAGAUCCAGGACGAGGGUGCCUACGACCUGUUCCGCGGAGAGGCGGGCAUGCAUCGCGUGCAGCGGAUUCCGAGCACUGAGAGCAAGGGCCGCGUGCACACGAGCGCCGUUGCGGUAUGGGUUCUGCCGUCUUUCCCCGAAGGCGGCACCGGAGGCGACAAUGUCGACGUCGAAGAUCCGGAGAGCGAUCUCUACAUCAACCCGCAGGACGUCAAGAUCGAGACGAUGCGGGCCAGGGGCGCAGGAGGCCAGCACGUCAACAAGACGGAGUCAGCCAUCCGCAUGACGCACAUUCCGACGGGCACGGUGGUGUCGAUGCAGGACCACCGGUCGCAGCAGCGCAACCGCGAGGAUGCAUGGAAGGUGCUGCGGUCGCGUAUCGCCAGUCAGCGCGCGGAGCAGCGUGAGGAGGAGGCGGCGCGGCUGAGGAGCAGCGUGCUCUCGCAGGCGCAGAUCACGCGGGGGGACAAGAUCCGGACGUAUAACUAUAACCAGGACAGGUGCACGGAUCAUCGGGCGGGUAUAGACGUGCAUAACUUGCCGAAUGUGCUGGAGGGAGGAGAGAUGCUGGAUAGGGUGAUGGAGGCGGCGAGGGAAUGGCUUGUGGGUAAGGAGGUUGAGAUGCUGGUCAUGGAGGAAGAGGCCAAGGCGAAGAAGUGA